AUGUCCGACACUGUUUCUCUAGGGUCAAAUUCCAGCGCUCAAAAUUCUGAAACCGAGCUAUUUAACGUUGCCGAUCGAGGAGAUACAGCGAUGUCGAAACAGAGACGCAACAGUGUCAAGAAAUCUAAAGGAAGAUGGGACAGCAAAUACUUCAUCACGAUUGUCUGUUUUAUGUUGGUGCUGAUGAUCAAUAUCCACUUGCUGAUGAACAAAAAAGGCGCACUCGCUGAUUUUUUAUUCGAAGCUCCCGUGGGAGUCCCGACAGUUCAACACGAAGAGUACAUCAAUCACCCGAAAGUUUAUCAAAGGCCGAAUUUACCGAGCUGCGAAGGAGUGCCGCGAAGAAACUUAGUCUUUACCAAGACGCAUAAAACAGGGGGCACGACUUUGACGAAUAUUCUGCUGCGGUAUGCGGAGAAACAUCACUUGGUGACGGGACUGCCAUUUGGCUCCCACUGGGAACUGGCAGGAUACCCUGGCUUGUUUGACACGGAACUGAUAGAUCCGAUUUUGCCCAAGUACAAUCUUAUGUGCCACCAUUUCAGAUAUGGCCCAGAUAUUAAAAAAGUAACCCAUCCAGAUCACGUGUUCAUCACCAUGCUCCGAGAUCCCGUUGGAAACUUCGAAUCUGAAUUCGGCUUCUUCCGAGAUUAUCCUUUCCCGCAAUGGGUUGGAGAAAAUGGAACGAUUAUUGAUUUCAUGAAAAAUCCAAGCGGACUGUAUAACAAGAAGACUCCUUGGUAUUUCAGAGGGAAAAACUACAUGUCCUUCGAUCUCGGGCUUGAACAUGAAAGCGAGAGCGCAAGCUACAUCGAAAGUGCCAUCGAAGAACUAGAACAAACAUACCAUCUCGUCCUGCUGACUGACUAUUUCGAAGAGUCGCUAAUCCUCCUCAAAGAGCUGAUGUGCAUGACGGAUGAAGACUUGGUGUAUCUGCAGCUGAAGACGCGCACGGAGCGAGUCGCCGUGGACCCCGUCCUCAGCCAGAAGAUCCGCAGCUGGAACAAGCUCGACACGGCGAUCUACGAUCACUUUCUUGCUGUGUUCAACGAAAAAAUCAAGGCGUUUGGCACCACGAGAAUGGCGCAAGAAGUCAUGAAGCUCAGGAAGAACAUCGCAGCGGUCAAAGAACAAUGCGUAGAGAGCGUCGAUACUCAGCGAGAACACAGUUGGAUUCAACGAAAUGUCCUGCGGAAAGGUUCACCAGAGAUAUGUCGAAAAAUGAACUGGGGAGAGGUCAAAUAUGGAGACCAUAUCAGGGAACUCCAACGAUCCUGGACCUCGAUACCUCCUCAACCAGCAAUAAGCGACCGCGAAAAUAAACUGCGCGCAACUCAAAUCGAAAUUCUCGGAGAAGAGGUCUUCCAGAGCACGACGAAGAGAUAA